UGACUCCCCGUUCCUGGUACACACGCCGUUCUGGUGGGAAAGCCCCCUCCGACUCGUUCUCGUUACGCGGAACCACACAUACAAAUACGUUAAGUCAACUCUGGGCAGGGAUUUCAGUCAUUAUAACCAUAGUCGUACAAGCUAUUAUGUGGUGGAAGCGGAUAUACACAUUGCCCUCUCGUCCGAAUUGUGUUUGGAGUUGUACGUCUUUACCAUUCUUCGUUUCGACCGAUUCUUCAAAGGGUUAUGCACCAUCACGUAGAGUGUAUGUUCUUUCGAUAAAGGUGUAAACUGUUUCACAAACAUUGGCGAUUUUGUCAUGGUGACUGAAGGUUGGCUUUGUAAUCUUGAAAAACCCCGGUGAUAGCAAUCAGAAAAUCGCAGGAGACCCUCUACACGAUGACGACGUUGCGUGAAGAAUCAAUAUUGAGACUCCAACGGUAUCUAAUUGGUCAAUGAAGCAUCUUGGACAUUUAGCUCUGGUCACUCGGUCAGUCCCCUUUUGAUUGCAGCGCUAAUCCGGCGUUGAAUAAGUUGACUUUGUUAAGUAGUUGUUAAGAUAACAUUUUCGAUAAUUUCGAGUUGACUUUGGGGAUUAUUGUGUGGUGUUCGUGGGACAUAUGCUGGCAGUUGGCACGUUCUCUCGGUGAUGUAGAUAAAGACUUAGAACCUCUGUCAGACGAAGGAUAACGAGUAUGGCCACCUGGCCCGACUGUGUCAUUCAGCAAGUGACUCCGGAUCGGUAUGGAUGACUUUAUGAAGUGCUGUGUGUCAGACGACUCAUUCUAUGUACUGUGGACCGUGUGUCGACCGGGUAGUUAACUGAUUCUGUGAGACGUGUCCUGUGAUGAAAUCUUCGAGGAGCGGACAAAGGAGGUGACGCAGAAGCGAUCAGUUUCAGCAAUGGCAGCCAUCUUUCUUGCAACCAUGAUGGCGGCCAUCUCCGUCCAAUUGUCGUCUGCUGAUCAACUGACAAUUCAUUUCCGUUUGAAGGAAAACGUGCCUGUAGCAACCUACGUAGGGAGUGUUGCGGAGGACAGUGGUAUCAUCCAAGCAGUUUCACAAAGCGAGUUUCAUACACUUAGAUACAAUUUUCUUAACCCAAACGAUCUAAAGACAACGUCCUACUUUAGUAUAAAUGCGGAGACGGGGGCGAUUUACACAGCUGCGAUGAUUGACAGAGAUUCUCGCGUUGUGUGUUCCUUUUCAUAUGACUGUACAAUCGUGUUUGACGCCACUGUGAGGUCAACCAGAACGUCAUACUUUGAGAUUGUCACUGUCAAGGUCACGGUGGAAGAUGUUAACGACAACGCACCGAAAUUCCACAAUCCCGUGGUUACGUUGUCUGUCUCCGAGGCUGUGACCCCCGGUACCACUUUCAGGAUCGACGGAGCCUCGGACCCAGACAGAGGCGCCAAUAACUCUGUCAGUAGUUACGAGAUGGUGGCCGACAGUAACACAUUCGGUCUCAAGGUCGAUCACUCUCUGGAUGGGAGUUUGAGCGUGAAGCUGAUUGUAAGAGAAUCACUAGAUCGUGAGAGAAGAAGCCGUUACAGACUCACAGUCAUUGCUAAAGACGGCGGCCGGCCACCUCUUUCAGGAAACCUGACUCUGUAUGUCAAUGUGACCGACGUAAAUGACAAUAUCCCGGUGUUCUCUGAAAAUGUUUACGACUUUACUGUAACAGAAAACAGCCCCGUUCGAUCAAUAUUCGGCCGAGUUCUGGCCAGGGAUAAAGACACUGGUCUCAAUGGUAACGUGUCAUACCGAUUUAGUCCACACAAGUCCAGCAAAAUUCCACAGCUGUUCGCUCUAAAUAGUAAAACAGGAGACAUUAGCGUGAGAAACCCUCUACAGUAUGAAUCUGGUAAUAGUUUUGAAACUGUGAUUGAAGCUAUGGAUAACGGGGAUACAGUGCAAGUGUCCCAAGCGAUUUUGAUCAUUCGUAUUAAAGAUGUUGGUAACAACCCGCCAAAGAUUACAAUGAAUUCAGUGUCUCCUGGUGUGCAUGGCACCGUCUUGUUGUCAGAGGGGAUGUCUGUCGGCACCGUCGUGGCCCACAUCAAGGUGGUGGACAACGACCAGGGGAGGAAUGGAGCUGUGGACUGCCGCAGCCUCAACCAGCUCUUCGUGGUGCAGGUGAUGCCCGGAAGGGGGUAUAAUGUUCAGCUUAAGAAGAAGCUCGACAGGGAGAAGAAAGUAAAACACAAUCUGACUGUGGUAUGUGAAGAUAAUGGAAGACCUAGAAUGGCUACAUCUGCUAGUAUGAGUCUUGAAGUCACUGACGUUAAUGAUAACCCUCCCGUCUUCACCAACAACACGUAUUAUGCCAACAUCACCGAGAACAACCGCGUUGGUGCUGUCGUCACUCGUAUAAUGGCGACCGAUCGUGACACGGGUCAGAAUGCUUUGAUGCUGUACUUCAUGAGCCUUGAAAGUGAUUCAAUGUUUAGAAUCGACCAUCAAACCGGUGAUAUCACUGCAGACGCUGUCUUCGACAGAGAGACUCUUUCGCAGAUGACCUUUACCGUCAAGGCUGUCGACGAAGGGGAAACGUCAAUGUCAGGCACGGCCACGGUCAUUGUUACGGUGCUGGAUCAGAACGACAACCAACCUUACCUUGACCCAUCGAAUUUGGUUUUCAAUGUGUCCGAAGACCGACCAACAGGAACCAAGGUUGGUCAACUGACCUCCAAGGAUAGAGACACUGGGAUUAAUGCUCGCACUGAAUAUCUGAUGCUAGUCAGAGGAGAUUUACCUCCCUUUGUUGUGUUUUCUGACGGAGUGAUACGAACCCACAGACGGCUUAAUAGGACACUUAAAGAUCGGUACGAAUUCGACGUUUUAGUGAAGGACGGUGGCAAACCGUCUUUAAACAGCACCGGUCGUGUGUAUAUCAAUGUUGUUGACUCUAACGAUCAUAGCCCCAUUAUACUCUUCCCCAACGAGAGAAACAACACAGUGCUCAUUGCUUCUGACACACAUCCAGGAACAGUCAUUUCUGAAGUUACUGCUGUGGAUUAUGAUCAAGGGAUCAAUGGACAAAUGUCGUAUUUCAUAUCUGUUGGAAAUAAGGACAACCCAUUUCAUAUUAACACCCGUUCGGGAAAGAUUGUCUUGGCGAGACAGCUUCGUCCGACUGAUCAAGAGUUUUACAGGAUCACAAUAUCAGUGCAGGAUCACGGCAUGCCACAGCAGGAAUCUCAGACCAAGAUGAUCAUUAAGAUUGUGUAUUACAACACCACACUGGCCGCAUCAGUUGGCGACAAUGACUUAAAAUAUAUAAUCAUAGCCGGUGCAGUUGGAGGGGUGACUGUUAUUCUGUCUAUCAUAAUUGUUAUCAUAAUCUUACACAUCAAACGUGCCGAUUCCAGGCGUCGAAAUGGGAGCUCCAUUGCUAUUCAGGAACAGGGGGACGGGAGGCCCUUUGAUAAACAGCUCUGGCACAGCGUGCCGGGAGAGGAAGAAAGUUCCGGUAGUGCUGAUGACACGGAGAAGAACAUUGAUAAAAUAUUGAAGGGGAAGAUGGGCAACAAAACAAGUUUCUCCUUCGACAGUGGGGCUGAACUUGAUGACCCUUAUUUGAAGAAACUGACGUCAGACCAAUAUGGCGGCCAGCAGUUUUAUACCUUCAGGAAGCAUCCCCUGCAUCCACAGAUGGAUGACAUUCAGAGCAACUCGUCAGGGGAGCUAACUGCGAGCGACAGCGGCCGGGGCGGAAGUGAAGAAGAUAUUCAAUUGCCCCCUCUGCCUGAAUCCGAAGGGGAAUAUUCUUGCACUGAUGACCCACAUCGAUUGGCUGUGGAAAUGAAAGAUCGCAGAAGCCACAGACACGGUAACCGGCCAUUAAAAGAUGACCCAACCUUUCAAACAUUUGUGCCUCGUCUCCACCCGUCCUUCAACACACAGACACAAGUCAAACCGUCUUUCAUUCGACCAAUCAAAGAGCAGGAAUUGCCUCUUCAGGAAAAGCGAAAGUCUCGAAAUCUCAGCAUUGGCUCUAUUGAUGACCCACUGCAAGUCAAACGGAACAGCAUUGGGAAAAGGGUCACGUUUGCAAACGAGGGAUUGACACAAAGAAAUCUUCAAAACCUCGAGCGUAUCCUGCACACGAGUAACCAUAUUCCCCCGACAAACAAACUUGCAUUUCUGUGUGACAGUUCAGAGCUUUCCAAGACAGGAAGCGAUGUGACAUUUGCCAAUGGCGGAAGCUGGUACCCCAGAGUCCCCCGUAGCCAUGACGACGAUGACAAUACCACGACUUCCGGUAGUUAUACGCUGAACCCGGAAGACAUUGAUGAAAUGUUUUGUGAAACCUACCCUGUUUCUUGAACUAACUGUGAUUAUCUUUCUCGAGUUGUGACAUGAGGUUUCUCUCGCGUUUAUCUUUUUCAGAGCUUGGAAUAUUUUGCCUGCUAUGCAGCUGAACUCGGCCAACAACGAGGUGCGUGUUGUGAAAAAAACACCCGUACAUAUCUAAAAUCAUUGCUCAAUUUGCAUUUCAGUCAUGAUGUAUGUUUGAAAUCUACAUCUGAAAUCGACAUGGAGAUUAUGGACUGUGAGUAACGGUGCUUGGCUCCUGCUUGUAUAUUUCGCUAUUAUAUACACGAUGAUAGCUGUCAAUCAUUGUUAAUUUAAAAUUAUUUAAUAAUCCACUGUUUCUGAUUAUUAGUUGUUUCCGUGGUUGAUAAUAUUUGUUCAAUGCCAAAGAUUUUGUUGGUCUUUCCUGUUAUUUCUAAGUUUGUACAUACAGCAACAUGGCUACAAAUUGGAACAAUCGUUUUGUGAUUACUAGCCUAAAAGCAAGCACGCCUACUCUGCGGUGUUAGUAAGCUUUGUACAGAACAACGGUCAUAAUACUGGACUCAUUCGUUUUGGAACUUUUUCAAACGUUUGUGAAACGUUACAAAAUAUUCACAAAUAUAUCCAUUUCAUAUAACAUUAGAUUAUCAAUUCAUAUUCUUUCGGGGUAUUUACAUAGUUUCAUAGUUACUCUGUUCUUGAAACUUCAUAAUUUAGAUGUAUUCAUUCAAUGUACAUUGUAUGUUUAUAACGGCGUUUUUUGUCAUAAAAGAACAAACGUUGCCUGACUUUCUGCGCCUUACUAUGUCACGUCGGAACAAUAUCAUCGUCCAUGUACACAUAUAGAUAUUUAUACCAUAUGUGACUCUCAUACGAGAGUGAUUACACUUUGCAGUAAUGAAUCCCCUGAGAUCGAUAUCGUGGCUUCAGACUAGUCUCGCCCAACCGUGUUUCAUAGUCAGACAUACCAUUAUAAGAGAUUUCAUACUGUUGUGUUCGUAUACAAUCAAACCUUUUUAGCUCGAAUUCAGUUACCUCGAAAUAAUUUAAUACGAAGCAUUGUUAUGUCACCGACAGAAUCCUGAUCGUACUAUCGUCGGGUCAUCGUUAUCUCGUGCUUCGGAUAAUUCGAUAUGUUGACUUCGAGUUAACAAGAUUUCAAUGUGUAUUAAUGUGAAAUCAACAUGUCAAUGUAUGGUAUAUUUUCGAAAUGUAUGAAGAAUCAUUUCAAACGAUUCAACCAUGUACAAGAAUAUUUUCCUACUGGAUUAACAUGAUAGGUUGUGUAAGGUUACAGAUUGCAUCUCGUUCUCUGCUUGUUCAUUACAGAUACGCUGGCUUGACAUUAUGAAUUUGUAUUAGCGCUAGUAUUCAGGGAUAGUUAACUAGUAGUCAGCGUUAUUAUCCUAGCAUAAAGUAUUAGUCGUGCCAGUGUCAUAUUCUAUAUGAUAAUACAUUAUCAUAUGCACUGGUAGACCAAGUUAGCUCGACCGGUAUUCGACGUGAAAUGUGAUAGGGCUAGUAUUGAACGUUCGCUGAAAUAAUACACCCAUAUACCUUCACUGCCAUGACAAAGGAUGGCCUAUUAAUAUUACAAAUAUAUAUUUCAUUAAACACGAGUUGUUAAGAGGACACCGUGUUAUAUUGAAAAUUUUAUUCACUGACUUUCUUGGAUUGCUAUUGGUUGAUAUGUUAUAUUAAGGUCGGAGAGCUGCAUGUACGGGAUGAUAUUUUAGAUUCUAUAUAAAUGUCCUGUGAUGACGCCCAUCACACAACAUCAUGCAUUCUACCAUCAUGGAGAGCCAUUCGUGUUUUGUUAUGCAAAUCUUUAUCAUUUCACCAUUCCAACGGCGCUGAGGCUCGUUAUCUGAUGUUGCUAUUUUGGCAUAUCGUGAACAGUAUUUUGUAAAUAAAUGUGCAUUGUAUCCUGAAA